GCGUAUGGUUUAGCAUUAAUAAUGACUUAAGAAGUUAAAUUUACCAGUUACCACUCACCAGACAGUGGUUGCCAGGUAACCAUGGGACCUCCGAAGGGCUACACUGAUGAUCUUGCUCACUUGAGUGACCUUGACGAGCAGACAAUCCUCAAAGAACUUAAGGACAGAUACGAGUGUGACAUGAUAUAUACCUACAUUGGGGAUAUUCUGGUGUCAGUCAAUCCUUACAAACAGUUGAACAUAUAUGGAGAUGUUCCUGGGAAGAAAUAUGAGCACAUUAAAGAAUUUAAAGAUCUGCCUCCUCAUAUCUAUGCCAUGGCGUCAAAAACACAUCAGAGUGUUCAGCGGACCGGAACAAAUCAAUGCCUCCUAGUGAGCGGAGAAUCAGGGGCAGGAAAGACGGAGAGCAGCAAGAUGCUGGUAGCUCAGAUUGUGAGACUCACAAAUGAUUCGGAAUUCUCAAAUCUCCAUCAGAAAAUUGUAGAGGUAAACCCACUUCUAGAAGCCUUUGGAAAUGCAGAAACAGUGAUGAACAGAAAUUCUAGUCGAUUUGGGAAGCUGAUCGAACUAAUUCUCUCCCCUGAAGGUGAUAUAGCUGGAGCAAAAAUUACUGAACACAUGUUGGAGAAGUCGCGUGUUGUUAACAAAAUGUCCGGAGAGCGUACAUUCCACAUAUUCUAUUGUCUAUUUGCCGGGCUGUCAGUCAACGAAAAGAAACGGUACUACCUUAGGAGGCCCGAAACGUACAGGAUUAUAGAGGAAGACUAUGGUACAAAGGUGUUUCGUAGUGGUGGGGAUUAUGAAGAUUAUGAGAUGAGGAUGGGAGAAUUAAGAAAUAUAUUCAACAUUGUUGGAUUUUCAUCACAGGAAGUUGACCUGAUACUCGGCCUUGUGGCAGGAAUUCUUCAUCUGUGUAACAUCGACUUUGUGACUGAUCCUGAAAUUGACCAAGUUAUCAUUGUAAACGAAGAUGAGAUUGACUUUGCUUCAACGCUUCUGUCUCUACAGCCAGAGGAUUUAGCUACAGUUUUACUCUCAAACAGAGCAUUUGUACGUGGGGAAAGAAUUGUGACGUUGAAGACGGUGAGUCAGGCUUCUGAUGGACGCGAUGCAUUAGCGAAGGUCUUGUACAGUCGUCUUUUCAGCUGGAUUGUUGCCCAGAUCAAUAUUGAGCUUGACCCAAAUGUGGAUCGCAGAAAUAACAGAUCAUUACGGACAAUUGGAAUUUUAGACAUGGCAGGUUUUGAGAAUUUCCCUGUCAAUAGUUUGGAACAGUUGUGCAUUAAUACUGCCAAUGAACAGCUUCAGAAUUUCUUCAAUGAAUAUAUUUUUGCAUGGGAACUUCGUGAAUACCAGGGGGAAGGCAUCAAAAGCCCAAAAGUCAAGUUUGAAAACAACAGGGAUGUUCUGGACCUAUUGUUAAGGAGACCAGAAGGAAUAUUUGCAAUACUCGAGGAUGAAUGUCGUCUGCAAACAUCUACUGACCAAUCAUAUGUAGAUAAGCUUGAUCAGUGUUUGGGAAAACAUUCACAUUAUAAAAAGUCAAAAGCCAGAGAGCCAGUUUUCACUGUGUCACACUUUGCAGGCCUGGUGAAAUAUAAUGUGGAGGGUGUGAUAGAGAAGAACAGAGAAACACUUAGCCCCAACUUUACCAGUCUGAUGGAAAACAGUCAGAACAUGCUGAUAGCUAAGAUGUUUAGUGUACAGGUGACAGAAUCUGGACGUUUUGACUCACCAGAGUCUUUGAAGGGAGACCACUCAUGGUCCGCUCCAGAAUGGUCUCUUCCUAACCGGCCAGCUUUUGGGCCAGGGGACAGUCUUUCACGUCAAGUAGGACGCCGACUGAAGGAGAGGGCAAGCAGAGAACGACAACAACAGAUGACGGGGCCACCAAAAAACACUACCAGUGCUCACUUCAGGAUGUCCCUAUCAGAGUUAGUUGACAAGCUGACGUCCUCAGAGCCUCAUUUCAUCAGGUGUCUGAAACCCAAUACAAAUCAGUCUCCGAACAACUUUGACAGCAAGUUGAUCCUUUCCCAGCUCAGAAGUACCGGUGUCCUGGAAACCACUCGGAUAAGGAAACAAGGAUUUCCAACUCGUCUUCCACAUCAUGUCUUUGUUGACAGAUAUAAGCUGUUAGGUUUUCCUGCCACAGCUAUCAUAGAACCGUCCUUUAUGAAGAAUGCUUGUCUACGCAUUCUAAAGGCCACAGAUAUAAGAGAUUGUGAGCUGGGGAACACGAAGGUGUUUCUUCGUUACUGGCAAACAGACAAAUUGAAUCUCUGUUUAGAUGUAAUGAUUGAGGAGUUAGUGACACUGCAGAGUGUAAUACGAACAUUUGUCACUAGGCGACGGUUUCUUUCAAUACGGAAACAACAUCAGAAACACCAAGAACUGCUGACCAGUUUUGGAGAGUUUGUGUCACGUGAAAAUUCUAAAGUGUAUCACAUGAUGGUGUCGAGUGAUGAUCAUGAUAGAUUCAACUACCAAACUCAGUUAGAAGAAACCGAGAGACGUGAAGCCGAGAGACGUGAAACCGAGAGACGUGAAGCCGAGAGACGUGAAACCGAGAGACGCGGGGCCCCAGUAAUGCCCCAUGUCACUAAUCGAGGUGUUCCUGACUAUUACCACCACAUAGAGGAAGACUAUAACUGGCCUCGUCCGGACUACUACAAUGAACCUGACCCUAGACAACCAUCCAGUCACCAAGGUCACCAUCAAGGACGACAGAUUCCUGAUGUUCAAGGUCAACAUGACCAGAAGGAAAAUUCUGGUUUUUUAUAUCAGAACCACCUGAACCAGCUGCUACAGAAGUGGGGCGAGCUUGACCCAGAUAUAUGGUGUAAGAUUCUGUACAUGGAAUAUGACCGUCCAGUGGCCAAAUUCUACAUACUUGACCGCGAAGUCAGCAUCGAUAUGUCCUAUGAAGAGUUUGAUGGAGAACGGAUUGGACUAGGUGUGUUCCGAAACAGUCGACGAGACACACUUUCAGAAGAAUACAGGAGUUACAUUGGCAAGGGUUUAAUGUUAAGGAGAGAUGACGAGAUGAUGGUUUUUGAUGAACACAUCAGCCUGCUCCAACAUCAAAGCAUUGUGGGUAUCAGUUUUAUAAAAGAUGAGAAAGAGAUCGCUGCUACGCCAUGUUGGUUACUCAUCAUCAACGUCACUGCCUUGAGACAGCUAAAGGAUCCAAAUGUGAAAAACCAGGUUCAACAGAAGUUGGCUGAGAUGACGGUCCUUCAGGGGGAAGACGAAAUGGAGGAGGAGAAGAGAAGGAAAGAAGCUGAGACCAGACACAAGACAAGAGAAUGGUCUAAACGUAAUUUACGACAGGGUGUGAAAGGCAUAGAUGCCCCACUGAGGAAGACCAGAUUGGAUCUGCGACAGAAAGGGGAAAAAAUUAACAAGCACAUGGUAUACAGCUGGGAUGAACAAAAUUUUGUUGGUAAGGAGAAGCUUAUAAAUCUCUCAGGUCUACAGGAUGAUUUUGACGAGGCAGAAUCCAUGUUUGGUGGGCCACGAAGACCAACACAACGUGGUGCAGGGGGAACAUUUAGCUCAAGCAGCUCCUUUUAUCCAGGGAAAGCACCUGCUCGCAAAAACUGGGCCAAAAUAAAAAGUGCUAUAAAGGAAGAACAAGGAAAAGAUGACGAGGAGGGGAUUAAAGCUAAAAUGGACCGAUAUUAAACGUGUUUUUUGUAAAAUAAAUCAAGUGUCUGGUGGUGAUCUGUGAUGUUUCAGUGGUUGAUAUGUAGGAUACCACUAUGUAAAAUCAUGAUAUGUAAUAGUGAUAAAAUCUGACACUUACUCAUGGUUAUCAGUAGUAAAACUAAUCGUAGUGAAGGUCAUAAGGGUCACCUUCACACUUGUUAGCAUAGGAUAUGUAGGUGUCACAACCUGUCUCGCAGCCUUUCAGAAAUAUAUUUCUAAGUCCUAAAUAAACUUUUCUGAAAUUAUCCAGUGUAUUUUACACUACCUAAAUCAUAUCAGUAUAGGCCAAUCAAUUGAUAGUUCAUUUGUUAAAAAUGCCAUUUUAUGAAUCAUUUUCACCCUUGACCAGUUGCAAAGUGACCAUGAUCCAUUUGUCAUUACUUCUAAAGUGCAGAGAUAAUUCAAACAACAUCACAUGUGACAAUCACAGAACUCAAGUAAAGACAGCUUACAUUUACUGACCUUCACCUGUGAUCACUGCUGCUGACCUCUACUGCUGAACUUUGUUGUUGACUUAUUCAGCAGACCAUGACCAAAUGGUCGGAGAUGCUCAGAAACUGUUUUGUGUGUGUGAUUCGCUACUGUAGAUAAUUUUUGUAAAGCAAUGACUUUUCAAACUUUUUAAUGAGUUGAUGUUGGUUGUACAGACGGAACAAAACAAUGUUGACUCAUUUAAUUUUUUUUUCUAAGAGAUAACAGUUUUAUGAGAUUUAAUUGACGUUGAUCAUGUUUAUAGUGUCUUAUGACUUACACUUACCUUCAAGCCAUCAUCAAGGUUAAAAUAGCAAUAAUUUAUAAUUGUGUUUUCUGACUUUUUACAACAAAAUGCAGUGUCAAUAUCAUUAA